CACGCUGGUUCACGUGAAUAAUUAGCGCCCGUAUACAAUUGGGGUGGGUGGACAACUUUGAAAAAAAAAAUGGCCGAUUUAGGUUCCCUGUUUUUUACCAUUAAUCUUUAUAUUCGAGGCCAUGAGAACUGCACGUCCCACCACCUGGGGAACCCCAGCCUCCCCAGCCGAGAGGGUCUGCUGCCGGACAUGGCCGGAUCUUACAGAGUGCUGCUCACAGGUUUAGGAGAAGACCCAGACAGGCAGGGCCUGCUGAAGACUCCCGAGAGGGCCGCCAAAGCCAUGCUCUUCUUCACUAAGGGCUACGACCAGACCCUUGAAGAGGUCCUAAAUGGUGCGGUUUUUGACGAAGACACAGACGAGAUGGUGGUAGUAAAGGACAUUGAGAUGUUCUCUAUGUGUGAGCACCAUCUGGUACCGUUUUACGGCAAGGUCUCCAUUGGGUACCUGCCGCAACAAGGGAAGAUCCUUGGACUCAGCAAGUUGGCCAGGAUAGUUGAGAUGUACUCUCGCCGCCUGCAGGUCCAAGAGAGACUGACCAAACAGAUCGCCAUUGCCGUCACCCAGGCUGUAAGACCGGCGGGCGUUGCCGUGGUUGUCGAAGGAGUUCACAUGUGUAUGAUGAUGCGUGGAGUCCAGAAGAUAAACAGCAAGACUGUCACCUCCACCAUGCUUGGCGUCUUCCGUGACGACCCUAAGAUCCGGGAGGAGUUCCUCAAUAUCGUGCACUCCAAGUGAGACCGUCUACACCGUUCGUUCGAGCCUUAAAGUCUAAAGCCGCCAUUCACGGUACGAUAUAUCUGUACGAUCCGUCGCAACAGGUCAAUCGAAGCGACCGAUCGACAGUUUAUGUCAACAUCGUAAACGAUUUACUCGAUCGCAUACGAUAUCGCACAUCGCAACAAAAUCCCGUGCGAUCGAAAAGUGUGUGGCCCCUUGUCUACUGAUUUUAUUAUUCCGUCUCGUGCGAGUAACGGGGGCGGGCUAGCCUCUGAAAUAAUAUGGAUGAAAAAUGCUAAGUACUUUAAUCAGCUAAAUAAAGCUAUUUUCAGUACAGAUGGUCGUUUUUUACGCACUAGUUCGAGAAGUGGUUCAUUAUAUAACAGGUCGAAACUUCGGAGGCUCAUCUGUACUGAAAAACGUCGUACGACACACG